AUGUAUGAUGCAAAUCCUCCUCAGUUGCAUUCCAACCUAAAGUUCAUUGCAUUGUAUCGGAGGCAGGCAAAAUUCGUCUCGGAAGAAGCUUAUUAUUUCACAAACCUUGUAUCUGCCAAGUCAUUUAUAUAUGACUUGGAUGCCAAGUCCCUUUCUAUUGAUGACACUGAAUUUCAGGAGAGCAUGCAAGCUGCUAGAUUGGCCAGUAGAGGGGCACAAAUCGAACCCUCACUUGCAUUGGAUGAGAACGCAGCUUUAACAGUUCCUUCAACAAGAAUGCAUAAAUUGAAACAAAUAGGACUCGCACCCAAAUUGGAUGAGAUAGCAGUCCUACUUGGGCAGGCUGACUCUGAGCCCUCAGUGAGAAUGCAUGAAAAAGAAACCUGCAAUACUGAUUGGUCGAGCUAUCCUUUUAUGGAAGCAGAGGCUGGUGAACUGACUGUUGGAGAUGUGGAGAGAUUGCUGAGUUUGUACAAGGAUGUGGUGAAAAAGUAUACAAACCUCUGCAGAGCUUUUGGACAAUUUCCUAUCUCCCAAAUAGAAAAAAUCAACCUUAAUUUGGAAGGAUAUAGUGUCCUAGCACAACCUGAAGAACAAAAAGUAGAUGAGAAAAAAGGAGAAUGAAGAACUGCAAUCAAUUUGUAAGUACUCUAUCUUCCAUAUUAUAGUUUGCUGUAACAUCCCUGAUUUGCUAUAUGAAAACAAAUAAUGAUAUUCAAAAGCCUGCUAACCAGAAUACAAAUAUCCAAGAGUUGGAUGGCAAUCUUCUUGUGCAAUUCAGAUUCUCGAUUAAUUUCUUCUAUGUUCAUUCAAGUUUCUAUAUAAUACCUAUACAUGUGUGUUUGU